AUGGCGCCCUCCAAGCUCACCCUCUUCCUCGCCCUGAGCCUGGUCCUCGUGGGAACCUCGCACGGUUGCGGAUCGUGCGGCAACACGCCGUCCGUGCCAGUCCCAACGCCGCCGAUCGCCGUACCACCGCCAGCCGUCCCAGUGCCAACCCCGCCGAUCGCCGUGCCCCCGCCGGCCGUCCCAGUACCAACCCCGCCAAUCGCCGUGCCCCCGCCGGCCGUCCCAGUACCAACCCCUGGCGGCGGCGGCACUUGUUCGAUCAACACGUUGAAGCUGAGCGCGUGCGCCAACGUACUGAACCUGCUGAAGCUCAACCUCGGCGUGCCGGCGAGCGAGCAGUGCUGCCCGCUGCUGAGCGGCCUCGCCGACCUCGACGCAGCCGUGUGCCUCUGCACAGCCAUCAAGGCCAACGUUCUUGGCAUCAAGCUCAACGUCCCCGUCGACCUCGUGCUGCUUCUCAACCAGUGCGGCAAGACCUGUCCCGCCGACUUCACCUGCCCCAACUAA